AUGGUCAAUGCGUGGGCUAUCGGGAGAGAUUCAUGGUAUUGGGAUGAUCCCGAGACGUUCUAUCCAGAGAGAUUCAUGAACUGUUCGAUGGAUUACAAGAGAAAGAAUUUCGAGUUCAUUCCUUUUGGUUCGGGGAGGAGAAUGUGGGCCGGGAUUUCCUUCGGAUUGGCCACCGUUAAACUUGGAUUAGCUAAUUUACUUUAUCACUUCGACUGGAAGCUCCCGAGUCCCGACUGUGUUGAAGCCCGAAGAUCUAGAUAUGUCGGAACGGUUUGGACUUGCUGUACGCAGGAACUGCCCGUUAUGCUUGAUUCCCGUUCCAUACAAGACUGUGUCGUCCUAACUUCCUUUGUCUCAGCUCCUUCUAGUGUCUUUGGUUUCUGA